AUGUCUGACAAGGCACAGGAUCGUAUUAACGCCAUUGGCAACCAGCUUCUUCCACCAAUCAACAAGGUAGCUCCAGGAUCAAGCAAGCUUCGCGUCGAGGGAAAAGUCGUCAUCAUAACAGGUACAAACUCGCCAUUGGGUAUCGGCCGUGCCACUGCCCAUCAGUACGCGGAAAGCGGCGCGAGAGCUCUGUAUCUCUGCGACUUUGACGAUACUCAUCUUGAAACGCACAAGAAGGAGAUCAACGCUGCGUUUCCAAGUGUGGAAAUCCACACGAGAUGCUUUGACGCUGCGGAUGAGGACAAGGUUAAGGAGAUAGUUGACGAUGCUAUCCAGCGCUACGGCCGAUUGGAUGUCUUCUUUGCCAAUGCCGGUAUUGUAGGACGAACCACGCUGUUUUCUGAUUUCAGCAAAGAUGAGUUUAUGUCGAUACUGAAUACCAACACGUCAAGUGUCUUUCUAGCAGCAAAGUAUGCGGCACCCGCUAUGAUGGAGACCUCCCCAGACAAGCCUCAUUCCGGGGGCAGUAUCAUAGGCACAGCCUCAGUAGCCGGUAUCCGAUCCAAUGCCGGUUCCACGCCAUACUCAGCCUCCAAAGCUGCGGUUGUGUCGCUGGCGCAGACAAUAUCGUAUCAGCUUGCCGGGACUGGCGUGCGCGUGAACGCCAUUUGCCCUGGCCUGAUCGAGACCGGCAUGACGGCACCCGUAUAUGAGGCUGCUAGAGCUCGUGGUAGUGAGAACAAGAUUGGCCAGCUCAAUCCUUUGAAGAGAGGUGGCAGAGCUGAUGAGAUUGCCCGCGUUGCCUUGUUCCUGGGAAGUGACGAGAGCAGCUAUGUCAAUGGACAGGCUUGGGCUGUUGAUGGUGGGUUAAGCGCUGGACACCCUUUUGUUCCAGGAAGGCUCGGGUAA